GCGAGUCGGUUUUGCAAUGGCCGCGCACAUGGAUGAAGAGAUGGAUGAUGAUGUCCUGCGAGUGGAGGAUGAUUAUUACGCUUUUUUGAACGUUUCCAAAGAUGCCAGCCCAGAGGAAAUUACGAAUGCUUACCGGCGGCUCAGCAAGAUCUACCAUCCCGACAAGCAUGCGGAUCCUCUCAAAAAGCGGGAUGCUGAAACUCUAUUCAACAAGACACGUCAAGCUUACGAUGUUCUGGCAGAUCCUCAUAGAAGAGCCAUCUACGACACCUUGGGCACAAAAGGCCUGGAUACAGAAGGGUGGCAAGUGGUUCAAAGGACCAAGACUCCCCAGGAGAUCAGGGAGGAGUAUGAGCGACUCGCGAGAGAGCAAGAGGAGAGGCGAAUGCAGCAGCGUACAAACCCCAAGGUGAGUUCCAGGCUCCAUCGUUGUCGCACUAUGUCUUCUUUGAAUAAAAAAGAUUGCCUUUGUGCACAGGGGACCAUCAGUGUUGGCAUCGACGCCAGUGACAUCUUCGAGGCCUACUAUGAUGAGGACGACACCAGGGGGUUUUUUCCACAAAUGGAGAUCAACAGCAUGACCUUCAGCCAGUCAAUCGAAGCACCACUGAGCCUUAACGACACUGUGACGCUAAGUGGAAACCUGUCUACGCAAAAUGGAAACGGCAGCGGAAGCGUUACCUGUUCUUUGCGGCACCUCAUCUCUGGAACGGCCUGGUCAGAGUUUGAAAUUGGGGCUGGAAACGGGCUCUUCGGCAGCGUCAAGGGCUUCAAGACCAUCUCAAAGCGAAGUUUUGUCUCAAUGCAAGGCAUGUGUCAGGUGACGCCGAUUGGCCUGAGGCCUGGUUGCAAUGCUGUGUUGGCCAGGCAGCUGGGCAAGCAUACUGUGGGCUACCUCACCUGGAAAGCUGGCAUCCAGUCUUGCAUGAACACUACCGUCAUUUACGACACCAGCUACGGCAAUUUCGUCGCUUCGCUGCAGUUCGGAAUUCCAAACACAUUUGCAAUGAUGAGCUACAUCUACAAGUUUCCAGAUGAGGGCAGGCUGAAGGGCAGCAUCAAGGUCGGGACCUUCGGGGCGGUUGUGGAGUAUGGCUGUGAGCGCAAGAUCUCUCAGCACAACACUGUGGGAGCCUCCAUGGUCAUUGGCAUCCCCACAGGAAUCACCCUCAAACUCAAGCUGAACAGGGCAAGCCAGACGUACAUGUUCCCCAUCCUGCUGUCCGAGGAGCCGUUGCCCAGUGCCAUCUUCUAUGGAACCAUCACUCCUUUGGUGGGCUGGUACAUCCUGCAGACCUUUGUGAUCGUGCCUUACACUGAAAGACAGAAGCGAAGGGAAGCCUCAAGAGCACGUGAAGCCAACGCGGCAAAACUGGCAGAGCGUCGAAAAGAAGCGGAGGCGGCGGUUGCCCUAAUGCACGAAACAUACAUCCGUAUCAAAAGUACCGAGGAAGCAAGUGGGGGUCUCAUCAUCGUGGAAGCGCUCUACGGCAACUUCGUUGAUGAUCAUGACAAUGACACGCCCCAGACAACAGUUCGGGAACUUGUGGACGUGACUGUGCCUUUACAGUGCCUGGUGAAGGACUCUUCCCUCACUCUGCCGGACUGUUCUAAGAGCAACCUGCCGGGCUUCUACGACCCCUGCCUGGGAGAGUCGAGGUCGCUCCUGGUGCGCUACCGGUUCAGGAACCUCGACCACGAAGUCAAGCUUGCGGACGAGGAGGCCAUCCGGAUUCCCAAGGAGUCCCACUUGGUGAGAACAUCAUGAAGACAGUUGUACGAAAAUAGUAGAUGCUUUUCUAAUUUUCCGGUGUUUGUACAAAAGAGGCUCAUUAAACUUAGUUCCCAGGUUUUGUUAGUACAAA